AGGAGUGCGACUGCUUGCCUGCCCAGCUGCUCUGGGAAUGGGGAACUCAAGUUGCCUUUAGGAAUGGCUGCAGAGCCCACACCUGGAAAUCCCUCCUCCCUGCUCCUCCACGGCAGGUUGCGUUUGGGAGACUCUAAGGUCAUUAGAGAAAGGAGCCAGGAGUGAGCCGUUCACCAGCUCGUCAGCACUUGGUAGAGAGCAGCAGCAGGAUGGACGUGGUCGACAGCCUCCUUAUGAAUGGGAGCAACAUUACUCCCCCCUGUGAACUCGGCCUGGAAAACGAGACUCUUUUCUGCCUGGAUCAACCUCAACCUUCAAAAGAGUGGCAGCCUGCCGUGCAGAUCCUCCUGUACUCCUUCAUAUUCCUCCUCAGCGUGCUGGGGAACACGCUGGUCAUCACGGUGCUGAUUCGGAACAAGAGGAUGCGGACCGUCACCAACAUCUUCCUGCUGUCCCUGGCUGUCAGUGACCUCAUGCUCUGUCUCUUCUGCAUGCCAUUCAACCUCAUCCCCAACCUGCUCAAGGAUUUCAUCUUCGGAAGUGCUGUGUGCAAGACCACCACCUACUUCAUGGGCACUUCUGUGAGUGUUUCCACGUUCAACCUGGUCGCCAUCUCUCUGGAGAGAUAUGGCGCCAUCUGCAGACCCUUACAGUCCCGAGUCUGGCAAACCAAGUCCCACGCUCUGAAGGUCAUCGCCGCCACCUGGUGCCUCUCCUUCACCAUCAUGACUCCGUACCCCAUUUACAGCAACUUGGUGCCUUUUACUAAAAGAAACAACCAGACGGCAAACAUGUGCCGCUUUCUGUUGCCUAGUGAUGCUAUGCAGCAAUCUUGGCAAACAUUCCUGCUACUCAUCCUCUUCCUCAUCCCCGGGAUUGUGAUGGUGGUGGCCUAUGGAUUGAUCUCGCUGGAACUCUACCAAGGAAUAAAAUUUGAUGCUAGCCAGAAGAAAUCUGCUAAAGAGAGGAAGCUGAGCAGUGGCGGCAGCAGUCGCUACGAGGACAGUGAUGGAUGUUACUUGCAGAAGUCCCGGCACCCGAGGAAGCUGGAGCUCCAGCAGCUCUCCACCAGCAGCCACGGCAGCAAAGUCAACCGCAUCAGGAGCAGCAGUUCCGCCGCCAACCUGAUAGCCAAGAAGCGUGUGAUCCGCAUGCUCAUCGUCAUCGUGGUUCUCUUCUUCCUGUGCUGGAUGCCCAUCUUCAGUGCCAAUGCCUGGCGGGCAUACGACACCGUUUCUGCCGAGAAACACCUCUCAGGGACCCCCAUCUCCUUCAUCCUCCUGCUCUCCUACACAUCCUCCUGUGUCAACCCCAUCAUCUACUGCUUCAUGAACAAACGGUUUCGCUUGGGCUUCAUGGCCACCUUCCCUUGUUGCCCCAAUCCUGGUCCUCCAGGGGGGAGAGGAGAGGUGGGAGAGGAGGAAGACGGGAGGACCAUAGGGGCAUCACUGUCCAGGUACUCCUACAGCCACAUGAGCACCUCAGCUCCACCCCCCUGAGCUAGAAACCUGGCCCGCCGCUGCGGCAAGGAGGAAGGGACCAGGGAGCAAGGAGGAAAUGGAAAAGGAGGAAGAGGAAGCUGGAGUAAAGGAGAAGAAAGACCUGUUUCUCAUGGGGACUCUUCAGUGUCUGUUUUUCGUCCUUCACAGAGUUCCAGAAGGAACUUAAGGUGGGACUGUGAAAAUGCCAAGACACUUUCCACAGUGUUCACCAUGGAAGAAACCUUAGCAGGCCAGGAGAGGAGCCCCAAAGGGAUCAUGCUACAGUGUCGCUGACAAGCCCAUGUUCAAAAUGGAGGUACAGACCCCGAUGAGCUUUAGAAUUUUCUGGAACACCCCAGGUGAGGUCUCUCCAUAGUGACGCACUGCUAUGCUCUGUUUCUUCUGAUCAUGCAGAAUUACACUAUUUUCCUUCCCAGGGAACCCACGGCUACUUCCCAUACGCACUACAACUACACACCUUCUCACGGUCACCUCCUCUGGCCACUUCUGAAUAGUCUGACACUUUUUAAUCUCGAGGGUGGUCAAGGACACUCAGAGCUGGACGUUUAGGUCAAUCAUCAGAAAAGCAAAACGAGUGUGCCUAAAAGACAGGUUUUAGAAUUUUUAUUUCUGCAAAGGAAAAAGCGUGCAAGGCCAGUCACCUGAAGGAAUGUUUUCUCUCAGCAAUGGCAAGCUGCAGAAAGGGGGGUGAUCCGUGCUGUGUGACUUCUCCUUUGUACCCUAACCCCACAGCUUUUUUAAAACCUCAACUUAGUUUCUUCUGUUCAUCUGGACUUCCUCUUCCCCAGAAAGACCUCUAGGUAGGAAGGGGAGUUGUAUAUACCUGGGCAAGGGAGGAAGCCCCCAAAGAAAACUGGCAUGCUGGGACUCAGUUAACAGGUAGCUUUGAAUGUCAAAAGUGUAUAUGCUUUUAAAUACCAUCUAUGUAGCUCUUGAUAGUUGGCUCAGUGUGUGUGUGUGUGUGUGUGUGUGUGUGUGUGUGUGUGUGUGAACUGAACAUAUGGCUACAUUCUCUAUGUGUUAAAAACUUGUCAGUGGAUAUUGGAAUUCAGCAAGUGUUACCAUUCUUCCAUAAAAAGCAGGAGUUCUGUGU